CUGACUUUGUAGUGGUUGCAAUGAAUGGAUUUGGCAGACAAUGCACGAACAACCCUGCCUGCCGCUGUAGUCCAGUUGGGAAUAUGAACAAGUUUUACACUGCAAAUUGUUCAAAUCUGGGAAUCACGCAAGUUCCGAUAACCCGACCGGAUGUUGUCAUUCUCCUGCUUCAACACAACAACAUCACUUCUUUGACAACAACCUUCUGUCCUUCACUUUACCAUCUCGACCUAUCUCACAACAAAAUUCAAAAUUUUUCGGACGACGCGUUUGCAAAUUUAACAAGGUUAAAAACAUUGAAUUUAGAAGGAAAUAACCUUGAACUUGACGAAAGUAUUUAUCGGCCAAAUGUCUUUAAAGACUUAGAAGCUUUACGUGAACUUAAUAUCAAGAACUGUACAAGUAAAAGAAUACAUGCAUUUCCACAUGAAAUCUGGAAGAAUUUCACCUUACUUCAGAUUCUUAGAAUUGAUGUCAGAUCUCCUACACAAUUUGAAGGGCCGUUCCAGCUCCUGACGUCUUUAAGAGAACUGGACGUGUCAGGCGUCACGGGAUUCUGCUCUGUGGGAACAAUGACAAAGAGUUUCCUCAUAAAUAUGCCACACUUGGAAAUCCUCGACGUAUCUGCUUGUAACCUGAGCUCAUUUGCAGCAGAUGCAUUGAUAACACAAAGAAACCUUUCCAUUCUUAAUAUUUCCUACAAUGAAAGACUUACUUUUGCAAGUUUUGAAAAUCUUUCUCGUAGUUUACAGUUUUCUAAAAUAAAGGUUUUCAAAGCCAACAAAAUCCACUGCACGUUUGGAGUAGGUACUGUGAUGCAAGUCAGUGACAUCGUGCACUUUCAAAAUACUACCCUUGAAGAACUCUAUCUAGACGACAACAGAUUAGCCCUUCUUGAAAUGAAUGUUCUUAAAUUCCUCCCUCCUAGUCUUAAAAUUAUUUCGCUUGUCAAAAAUAGACUGACAAUAGGUCUUUACUUACUGGAGCUUGAAUUUUUAUCCAGCAUAGAAAAAAUUGACGCAUCUUUCCAAUAUACUUCCCCUUCUUUCAUUAAAAUGCGGGAAGCUUUUGAUUGUCAGAAUCCAGUACGCAUUUGCAAAAAUGGAAUAGACGAAUAUUCCGUGAAAUAUGAGAUAACGUCGGGGGAAACUGCAGUUCCACAUUUUGGUCCUAUAAUACUGCUACCGAAAAAUUUAACAAAUAUCACUAUAAAAGGGUAUGGCCUAAAAACGCAUAUUACUGACAUACAAUUCAAUGCAGACAAUUGUAUUGCACACCUUGACUGGUCUCAAAACCCAAUAACAAGCUUUAAAGGUCCCAUUGAAGGAUUAAAAAAGUUAGAAUAUUGGGAUCUUUCUGAAUGCCAUUGUCCGUCAUUGACCACAUAUUUCUUUAAUUAUACAGACUCAUUGAAAGUUUUGAAACUUAAUAAAAAUCUUCUUGGGAAAAUCCUGGAAAACGACACAGAUGGAGAAACCUUUAAAAAUCUUGUAAAUCUUGAACAGUUGGACUUAUCUGACAACCAAAUAAAAAACUUACCAGUAAAAAUCUUCAAAAACCUACGAAAUAUUCGGGAACUUAACCUGAAAUCAAACUCUAUGACGGAAUGGAAUGUAAAAGUUCACCACAUGAGGAACCUAACAGAAAUUGACCUUUCGAGGAACUUACUGCGACAGCUCAGUGGUAAGACCGUGCUCUCAUUUUCCAAACUAUUCAAGAGGAAAACUUCAAUAAAGAUUUCUCUCGCAUAUAAUCUGUUUGCUUGUACAUGUGAAUCAAAACAUUUCAUACAGUGGUCUUUUAUAAACCGCCAAUACAUCUCGGAUUUUCAAAACAUUACAUGCGUGCUUGAUAAUGGAACGAGCAUCGGACUUCAAAGUGCUGUAAGAUUUCUUGAAGUUUACUGCACAAAUUUUCAAUUGGUAACAUUCCUAGUAUCCUCCGUUAUUAUUUUCUUUGUCGUGAUAACGGUCACCGGUUUGAUUUACCGGUACCGAUGGAAACUGCGCUAUAUAUAUUACAUGACAAGAAACAAAUACCGGUUAUCAAGCCCUUUAUACAAAGGCACGUUUAUAUUUGAUGCCUUCAUAUCGUACGCUGAAGAGGACAGCGACUUUGCUGUAAACGAGUCGAUUUCCCAGCUAGAGGAUUUAAGAGGUCUACAGCUGUGCCUCAGUAAAAGAGACUUCCGACCAGGUACAGAAAUAGCCGCCAAUAUCACAGAAGCCAUUACCAAAAGCCGGAAAACAAUAAUAGUUCUAUCAAACAACUUCCUUAACUCUUAUUGGUGCAUGUUUGAAUUCAAUAUGGCACGGAUGGAGAGUAUCUAUACACGGAAUGGUAAAGAUGUUCUGUUUCUCAUUAUGUAUCGGCAUGUUUCAGCUAAAACAUUGCCUUUAUCAAUGUUAGCUUUGGUGGAAAGUAGGUCCUACAUUGAAUAUCCUGAUGACCCCCAAGGAAAUAUUGUUUUCUGGGAUAAAAUUGCAGAAACUUGUUCCAGGCCAUCAUGA